UAGCCUCUCCUUGAACGAGGAAGAAGACUUUCUGCAGCUGCGUUAACUUUCUUCUAUUGUAUCUUCUGUGGUGAAUAUUUGUGUUUCUGCAGCAACAAUGUCUUCAUCUCAGCCUCUGAGAGACUUUAUCAGGGAGCGACUGUUCACUGCUGCUGAGGAAAUAUUUACAGAGUUUGAUAAAACCAUCGUCCAGUACGAGGAAGAGCUGGAUCGUCAGCGCAGACUGCUGGAAAUAUGCUGGAAACCCAGAACAGAGCUGCAGAGAAUAGAUCUCACACAGCCUUAUGUUUGGAAGGAGGAUAAUGUUCUCACUGACCAUCAGCUCUCCAGCCUAGAGGUGAACUCCAGUUUGAACCUACAUGAGAUACAACCUUUAUGUAUGCAUGAGGAACUGGGGAAACCAGAACCUCAACAGAUGAAAGAAAACCAAGAAGAACCCGAACCACCACAAAUAAAAGAAGAAGAGCAGAAAUCGGUGGUAAAGGAUGAACAGGAGGAACUCUUUAUCAGUCUGGAGAAAGAGCAGCUUGAACAGCGUUGGCCAACUGAUUCCUUCACAGGUGGCACUAUUCGCGAGAAAACGGAGAAGAGGAAACCAGAGUCAAACGAGGACCAACUCACCAUUCAGACUUCCCCUGAGCCUGAGAAACAAAACCAGGGAAGGAGCAACAAUGAAGAAUCUGGGUCAAACAGGGCUGACGAACUAGAAGAAAAGAGUUUUCAGCAUUUCAGCGUUGAAACUGGGAAUGUUGUCGGUCCAGAAGCAGAAUGGCAGGAGACAAUGCACACAACCUGCAAUAUUUCAGCUUGUAAAGUUUGUGGUAAAGUCUUUGCUUCCAGUUGUUUGAUUGAUCACAUGAGAAUUCACACAAGUGAGAGACCCUUCUCGUGUCUGAUUUGCGGAAAAAGCUUUACAAUGGCGGCUAGGCUGAAGGUUCACAUGAGAAUUCACUCGGAUGAGAAACCUUUCUCUUGUCCGACUUGUGGAAAAAAAUUGAGCUCAAAAGCUAGUUUAUCUCAGCACAUUAGAACUCAUACAGGUGAGAGGCCUUUCUCAUGUUUGACUUGUGGAAAAAGUUUUGCCGAUAGAGGAUGUUUAUCUCAGCACAAAAAAAUUCAUACAGGUGAGAGGCCUUUUUCCUGUACGACUUGUGGAAGACGUUUUAUUCGAAAAAGUCAUUUGACUUCUCAUAUGAUGACACACCAAGGUGAGCAGGUACGAGCUUGCGAUGUUUCAUUCGUGGAAGUACUUCAGAACUGCCAGGAGGGAAAUUGAAUGUCAUAAAUCUUAAUAUAUGUAAACUGCCUCUAUUGAUUUAUGUUUCUAUUUUACUCUUGCUCCCUUGUGAAAGCAGUGAAGACUAAAGCAUUUUAAUGACCCUCCCUUGCACUUUUGAACUCCAAUCUAUAGUUUUUAACACAUUUACCACAAAACAGUUUUAUUGCAUUUUUUUUAUUUCAAACUGUUAUUACCCAUAAAAAUCUUUUAUCAUUGAAAAUUAAAACUUAUGUUAUCCUUCAUCUUGGACGUAAAUAAGAGCUUUUAGCUAAAACCAGUCUCCUCUGCAUCUGGGGUAGUGAAUAAUCACCUACAGUAGCAACUAAAAACACUUCACAAGACUUUAUUGCUUUGGUGUUUUGUUAUUGCGAGAUUUUAUGCAAAUCAGAAACAUCUUUACACCUGUCAUCUCUCCUAGAUUCUAUUCUUGUUAAUCUUUUUUUUUUUUUUUUUUUUAGUUCUGAACAGAAAACACUUUAGGGAAGUAGUUUUCAGAUUUGCAUUCCUACUUUUCCAGUUCCUGGCUAAUGUGCUGUCACCAGCUUGGAUCCUUCUAUAUAUAUAUAUAUAUUUUUUAUCAGUAAAUUCAACCCCAAGUUCAGUUAACUUCAGGUCCAAGUUGUGCUGGCAUACAAACACCAAGCUGAGCUCUAGAUGUCUGUGGUAAAAUGGUUGGAAAUGACUCUGUCACCAUAGGCAUUUUUUAUGUGUGUAUAGCAAUGAUUCGGCUGGAAGUGUAGACAGACACUGACAUCUAGUGGAAAGAAGUCAAAUUACAUCUGAAUCAGAGCUGUGUAUCUCAAUGUUUUUUAUUUUUUUAUUUUUUUUAUUGACGCUUACAUUGCUAUUCUUAUGUGUUUCUUGAUUCUAAUGCACUUCAUCUCGUUUGUAUUUUCCUGCAAAGAACUUUAAAUUGCGCAUUAAAGGUUUUACAAAAAUAAA